UGCCGGGUUCAACCCUCUGCAGAGGUCCGACUCCAUACCCAAGCCGACACAACAAGCGGCUCGCUCUCCUCUGCCGGACCCACCAUGGCGCUUCAAGCUCGAGCGCUGGUCAGCACUAAAUGGCUCGCGGACGCGAUAACGACUCGGGGGAAAAUGCGCGUCUUGGACAGCUCGUGGUAUUUGCCCAAAAUGGGGAGAAACGCCAAAAGGGAGUUCAAGGAGAGGCACAUCCCCGGCGCCGCGUUCUUCGACAUAGACCAGUGUAGCGACAAAACCUCCCCCCUGGACCACAUGCUGCCGUCGGAGAAAGUUUUCGCAGAUUACGUUGGGAAUUUGGGAAUAGAAAACGACACGCACGUCGUGAUAUACGACCGCAGCGACUUCGGUGCGUUCUCGGCGCCCCGCGUUUGGUGGAUGUUCCGGGUGUUCGGGCAUAACGCGGUGUCUCUGCUGAAUGGGGGGUUCAGGAACUGGGAACUGGAGGGUCGACCGGUUAGCCAUAAGUAUGUCAGACCCUCUCCCACCGAGUUCAGGGCGUCCAUAAGGCGCUCCUGGAUUAAAACCUAUGACGACCUGCUGAAUAACCUGGACACCAAACAGUUCCAGGUGGUGGAUGCCAGGUCCGCGGGAAGAUUCCGAGGAGUGGACCCUGAACCCAGAGACAACACUGAGCCCGGCCACAUCCCUGGUUCCGCCAGCAUUCCCUUUCAGUCCUGCCUGUCCGAGUCCGGACACUUCCUGCCCAAGGAGAACCUCCGGGAGCUCUUCGUCCGAGCCGGAGUGGACCUCAGCCGCCCCGUGUGCGUGUCGUGUGGCUCCGGCGUGACGGCGUGCGUCCUGGCGCUGGCGGCCCACGAGUGCGGACACUCUGAGGUGUCCUUGUACGACGGGGCGUGGUCGGAGUGGUACACCCGUGCCGUUCCCGAGCACGUCAUAUCCGAAGGCCGGGGGAAGCACUUGUGAUCGGCCGAGAAGACGUAGCGUGGGACUAGAUGACGAGAACCUCGUUCAGCACAUAAAGUUACAAAGUUACAGCCAGCCGGGAAUCUGGCAUGGAAAGAAUCAGCCUUCAAUUUCUAGUUUAACGUUACAAAGAAGGUUUUUCAUCGGCUCUUAAAUGGACACUACGCCACCUUUAUUUAAUCCAUGAGUACACAGAAGUAUUUACACAUGGAUGAUUCAGCUCAGAUAACUACAUCCUGUUUUUGUUCAUCUUGUGCAAAUAUAUCACAAGUUUUAUUGUAACUUAUAUCCAAAAGUGGGACAGAUACUUUUCAUCCAAUGUGUAUACUAUUAAAGACAAAGCACCAUAUGAACACUAAAAGUUUUUACUCAGUGUGUUUACAGUUGGAACGGUCAUUUUUUAAAUAAAGUUUGGGUUUGCUUUCA